AUGACCCUGGCGAGGUAUGACCUCUACCACCCAGGAAGUGUUCCCAUGAUUCCUGAUCCUGUAGAACUCAUCGAUGAUCAUGGAGAAUUUCUGGUGUACAGUGGUGGUAGUCGAGACUUCAGUGCAAGUGGGAGUGACUCCUCAACUAGUCUCCUACAAAGCGUUAGAACUGAUGUAACUUUGACAACUGAGAAGUCAUCAGCUCAGCAGCAGCAUCUUCGUAUCCCUCGUCGAUACUCUUCUCAGAUGGUUUCGGGUGUUGGGGUCGCUAGUUCUUCUGCUGCUAAGGGGAUCGUCGUUGUGGAGUUAUCCUCUAGUUGGGGUCAUCGCGUUUGUGAGGCUGAAGCUAUCAUCCGGCCGCGUUUGACGGUUUAUGUUCCGAGAGCUGUGCCUUAUCGGGAGUGGUCGGUGUUGGAAGGAAUGCAGCUAGCUGAACCUGAGUUCAGUAGUACUAGAGGAAUCGACAUGAUCCUGGGGGUGGAUGUGUACUCGCAGAUUAUCCAGCCUGGGUUGAGGAGGGAGACCUUAGAUCAGCUAAUCGCACAACAAACUUCGUCGGGUUGGAUUCUGUCUGAGAAGGUGACGAUUCCGAGGCUGGAGCUCAUGGGAGCAUCUUUGUUGUCACGUCAUAUGGUAUCAGUUUGUAAGGCUUUGGAGAUAGAUGAUUUGGUGGUGAAUUUGUGGACAGAUUCAUCGGUAGCUUUGACGUGGAUCAAGUCUGAUCCCGCAAGAUACAAACAAUUCGUUAAAAAUCGUGUGUCGGAGAUUCAGCGUCUGAUGCCUCAGGCUAACUGGACGCAUGUCCCUGGGGAGGAUAAUCCUGCGGAUCUGGUGUCGAGAGGAGUGUCAAGCAAGAAGCUCGUCAGUAGUCAGCUUUGGUGGACUGGUCCACGAUGGUUAAGUCAAUCUGAGUCUUGUUGGCCGGAGCAGAGGUUCGCUGUUAAUGAUUCUGAGAGUUUGGAGAGGAAGAAUGUGGAUGUGCAUGCAGCUUGCGUUGGUGCUGGUUCAGAGUAUCAGUCUUGGGAUCUCGUUGGGAGAUACAACUCAUUGAGGGAGCUGUUAGCUCCUAGUGAGAUCGACGAGGCUAGGGUGUUCUGGAUCCGGGAGACUCAGGCUGAGUAUUUUUAUCAGGACGUCAAGAAGCUUAGAGAAACGAAGUUUCAGAAAUCGUCUCUGGAGGGGGAUUUUAAGCAUCCUGUGAUACUGCCAUCCAGUUCCAAAUUUACUGAGCUUGUUUUGAUGGAGGCUCAUCGUCAGACCUUCCAUGGGGGAGUUCAGGUGAUGCAGACACUUCUAAGGAGGAAAUAUCGGAUUCUUGGUGAGACGAGGCCAGUGAAGAGCUUCAUAUUCAGGUGCGUGAUCAGCACUCGUCAUCGUGGCACUGUGGCCAAGCAGCUGAUGGCAGUGCACAUCGAAUGGGUGACGGACUACAGCAUGGAGGGAUUCUUGGCUUUCUACAGGAGAUUCUCAGCUAGGCGUGGUAUCUGUGAGACGAUCACGAGUGAUCGUGGUACCAACUUGGUGGGAGCUGAUCGGGAACUAAGGAGGUUGUUCGAUGCUACCGGUCGGGAAGCUCGGGAAAUUGCUCAAAGCGUAUCCAAGGAUGGAACUAAGUGGAUUUUUGAUCCUCCGAGAGUUCCUCAUCACGGAGGGAAAUCGGAAGCGGCGGUCAAGUCGGCUAAAUUUCAUCUAAAACACGUGAUUGGGGAAGCUACUCUGACAUAUGAAGAGCUGACGACGUUGCUUACGUAA